UCCAGAAUCUUGUGACCGUAGCAGCCUCGCUUUCAGUCAGUGCUCCCUGUCUUUUUUUCAUUUGUGACUGGAGGAAUGCAGAGAGUUGGUUGAAAUCCAUGUCAGUCGAAGCCAAACUGUUCAAUAUGGAGGCAUAGCGCUUUAGCAAAGCCGCAUAUUCUGAGAAUAGAGAGAAGAUACAGCCGGAGGGUCACGUGAGAGGUAUUUCUCCACACCUUCCUCGGCCAUGCCGCCCAGAACAUCUUCCCUGAGAAAUUCGUCGCUAAUGUCCUCCUCUCCAAAGAACUGUCGCUUGCAAAUCCCGUUCAGAAAGCCCAGCAGAGCUUUGUCAACUACAGCCGUAGUAUCCGCCAUUUUCGCCGGAGUUGUGCCACGCCCUCUACCACACCCCCAGGCGGAUUGCGUCAUCUCCGUAUACUCUAUAAAACUACGUGCACGUCUCCGUAUACUGCCAAUAACUAGCCGUCACAUAGUUAAAGAAAACCACAUACGCUGUACUUCUGUCAAAGGAGAUGAAGGGAGUGAUCGUUUUGUGCGUGGUGCUAGCUGCUCUCUUCGGUUCGUUGAGCGCGAGUCCGUCUGGACGCCGCGGCACCAAGGGAGCGAGCCCCUCCCUCGUUCGCUCGCUCCGCAGCCAUCUCCUCAGAGCCGGGCUCGUGAGCGAGCGAGCCGAGCCGCACCACUUGUCCAGGAGGCAGAUGACGGGCGUCUGCAGCAACAAAUUCUCAGUGCUACCCUCCAGGAAUCAACGCCGUCCCUUCAAAGCUAA